AGUUGAUAGUGGGCUAAUGUUAGCCUGUCAACUAUCUAGCUUGGUCGUUUAAUGUUAGUAGACGUAUGACCAGAGUCCUCAUUGUACAACUGCAUAGCCUUAAUCAUCAGUGCGUAAAUCACUCUUGUUUUGCUUUUCAAUGUCUUGUUUUGUAAAAACAACUUUAAUCGGAUAUUAACCGAGUAGCUAGCUCUGGUUGGCUAAUGUUGACGAAUUAAAUGAGCUCGUAUUUCAGAUAUAACGUUAGCAAGUUAACGUUACUGUAAGCGGUUAAGUCAACGAAACCAUUCUAGAUGGGAAAUGUUCACAGUGACAGACUUCACUGCAACCUAUGUAAACGUGACCAAGUCAACAAAGUUUAACAUUAAAUAAUGAAAGAAGUUGGAUUGUGUGUAACGUUACUGGCGUCUUUGGAGAAGGUCUGGCUACCCAAGGCCUGUGCAUUGAAACAAUAACAUCCGUAUAGGCGGGCUAAGCAGCAACUCUAGCCCGUGCACGAGGCUCCAUCCCCGGUCCACGAGGCCAAUUGAACGCGCCGAGUGUAGAGGUAUGGGAAAUGGCCUGGAAGAGAAUAUAACUGAUCUGACUGGCUGAAAAACUAGUAGAAAAAUAGUACUGUAUUUGGUAUUCAAAUAAUUAUCUGUUACGGAAAGAAUGUGCACCUCGUUGGUUAAAUUAGGCUAUUGUGUAAUUAAGUCCUAUAUCCAUAGAUAACGUCACGGGGAUUCAUGUUAGCUAGUACGUGACUGACGGUCAUCGUUAACGUAGCUUAGGUUACAGGCUUACUUGUGUUUGUAUGCUAGCUAUCAUAUUUUAUAAGUGGUGGUGGUGGUUCGCAGGCAAACUGACAUCAACAUUGAGGCUAUUGAGUACCAGUCACUCGCUAGUUUAACCUGUAAACCGAGACAAGCGUAACCUGCAAUAGAUGUCAGAUUUUGCACUAUGAUUAGGUUUAAUACUAAAUUAUAAUUCGUAACUAAUUUAUAACCCGAAAAUUCAUUUUCCUAUUCGUUGACCGUAAAAUUGAGCUUUUCUGCCUGGUUGACAUUGUUAUUUGAGUGCAUCAAGUAGUUGUAGGGAGCUGCUUAGUUACAGAAGAAUGAAGGUGCAAGUGGACACAAGUCAGGCUAAAUCGGGUAGCUUUCCAGAUGUAUCUUCGCAUCUCACGGUCUACCACAAGGACGUGACAGAGAACAUCGACAGUCCUAAACGCUUUGUUUUCCAGAGUUCUAUCGCUCUCUCUGAACUACCAAAUGGGGCCUCAGCUUCAGGCUCAAUGGUGGAUAACACAUCUCACAGCGAAUGGAAUGACUUACACAUUAGGGAUGAACUGAGAGUAGUCUCAGAGGACAGUAGAGCUUUAUCUGAAGUUUGUCUACAGAAUGCAUCCAGCGAUGAUGAUGACUUAAGCUAUGAAGUGCAACAAGCUUACAGAAUAUUCCACGAUUUUCUAUUAGAGAAGCACAAGGCCAUCACAGCUCCCCUUUGGAACCCAGUUGGAAUACAGGACAACUCACUUGCAGACUCUGUGCAACAAGGAAUGUGCUUCAAGAGAAUAGAUGAAAAGUUUGUGAACCGGGAGUAUGACAGUAUCACAGACUUUGUGGCUGAUUUCAGGCUGAUGCUUGAGAACUGUUAUAGGUUCCAUGGUGUUGACCACUGGAUUUCAAGACAGGCACAGAAAUUGGAGAUAAUCCUGGAACAGAAACUCACUCUGCUGUCAAGAGUCCUUCGGGAAAAAACUAGUCUAGCAGUAACAUCCAAAGGCCGUUUUGGCACAGAGGAUGAGAAGGGAUUAGUAGGUUCAUCCUCAAGACGUAGAUCUACGCCCCGUAGCCUGGUUUCUGUAACAUUGGGAGGCAGUGAGUCCAUCAUGGUGCAGGCUCUUCGUUUAGAGGAGCAACAAAGAGCUAAAGAAGAGAAGAGGCAGCGAGAACAGGAGAAGAGAGAGGCAGAGGAGGCAUCAGCGAAGGAGGUGGUGGAGUGGGAGCAAAAUCUUCUAUCUCAGGCAGCUCCAUGGCCAGUUGAUACACUGUGGGAGCUUCCUGCUAUUGGCCACUUUCUUUGCCUUGCCCAGACAGCACUCAACCUUCCUGAGAUCAUCUUUUUUGAGCUGGAACGUUGCUUGCUCAUGCCACGCUGUAGCUCUUUCUUGGCCAAGAUCAUGACCUCAUUGCUUUCUCAGCCUUACCGUAGGUCUACUAUCCACCGCAGGCCGCCCCUCACUUAUCGCCGCUGGGAAGCUGAGUUGCGUCAGCGAGUGCUUGGCUGGUACCACUCCAUUGGGCAAGCAGAGAAUCAGGCCGCCCGUGCUGAGCAGUUGGGACUCUGCAACCAGUUUUUCCAGACACUUGGUGAGACAAGUCCUCUUGAGGAGGCAGCCUUCCAUCUGCUGCCAUUCUACCAGCGUGUAUGGCUCCUGAAGGGGCUCUGUGAUAAUAUCUAUGAGACACAGAAGGAGGUACAAGAUGCUGUGUUGGGACAACCCAUUCAUGAGUGCAGGGAGUCCAUCCUUGGAUAUGACAGCCAUGAAAAUGCCUAUAUUCACUUUCCACAUUUCUGCGGAGCUGACUUGCGGAUCUACUGCCAGAGCCCCUGCACAGCUCCUGAUGUACCCCCAAACCUGAUCUGUGUGAGGAAGGUAAACAGUAACAGACCAGCCAAAACAUCUUUGCCAUUUGAUGACAUGAUGGUAAGCACUGCAUCUGAAGAAAAGUGUGACUAUGAAAAGCAAAGAGGAUUUUGCUUCAGAGAAGGGGGGAAGGAGAGAAUAGCUUGCCGAGAUGAAGUUAAUUGUGUAGGAAAAUGCAAGGUUGAGGCUGAGCAGAAGAGACACAGUGCCUUCUUGUUUAGCUGCAGAACAGACACUUGUGUGUCUUGGGCUACCAAAGGGGAGCCAGGGGGUGUGGUGAACAGACUUCAGCUGACACGGGAUGCAGAGCCCUCUUCUGAAAGUGAGCCUCAGCUCCAGGAGGGAAACUGCUGCUUCAAAGGGAAGUCCUCAUCAAACUUCUCAAUCACAGAGUUCCAGGAGGGGUUAAUAAAACCUGGAAAUGUGUGUUCUCAGGCAAACUUACUCCUUGUGAGAGGCCAAGACCCUUGCUCUGAAUGUUCCAGAACUGCAGAGAUGAAGUCAGAGUAUACUUCCUGCAGUUGUUCUAAGAUCCAACUUGCUUCCCAAACCUCCAGGCUUCAUGAGCAGGCAAACCAGCAGCAAAUGCACACUAAAAAAAAAAGAAAGAAAAAGACAAUCACAGAACUGAGGACCAAAGGUUGUCGAGGCAAAACAGGUUCAGUGAGGAUUGGACAGGUCAUUGCAGCCAAGAGUACACUGCGAAAAGCAGCCUGCACUAUUAAGAAGAAGGACAAGAGGAAAAAGAGAAAGCUAGGGAAGAAAUUCAAAUCCAGAAACAUGGCAACAAAGAAGAAAAAAGAGGUGCUGGCAUUGCCACUUGAGCCCACAUUUAAGUUGGUUUGUACCAGUCUGGAGGAGUUGAGGGAGCUCAUUAGUAAAAUAGAAGAUGAGAUGGAUGAGCUGGAAAGCACAAAAAAGAAAUCUGGGAGGUGGCAUUACAGAAGAGAGGCUGUGAAAGAGCUACACAUCACCCUUAUUAGACUACUUAAUGAGCUGUCACCAUGGGAACCAAAACUCAUCAGAGCCUUUCAGAAGAACAGGGUACGACUGAAGAAGGACUAUGAUGAUUUCAGAAAACAUCCAGAGUAUGAUGUUUUUGUUAGAGAGGAAUUGCUGGUGGAAGAGGAAGAGUUAAGGCCACUCAAAUGUGUCAAUUUCCCAAUGGAUUUUCCCACAGAGACUGACGAGAAUGACAAAGAGGAGAAACCUGGAGAUAUAGCAGUUGAUGGACCACAGCAACUGGUGGCAGAAAUGAUGGGGAACAUCUCUACAGUCAGGCGGGACCUCUUCCCUCUUACAGAGUACCAACCUUCCAUACAUAGGUCUAAACGUCGAACUUGCAAUAUUGAGGAGGAUCCAAAUCAAAACAAGAAGAUCAAGGUGAGCACAGAAGACUCUGCAAUAUUUUGCAACAAGAUGAAAGACAAUCCCAGAAAUGAGAACUCCACCACACCCAACCACCAGUUCUCUGAGACAAACCCUACUUUGAACAUACCCAUGACAGGUGUCCAUAGAAGCUACAAACCAAUCCAAGCAUUGCUUGCAAAGAGUGUGGGAAACAAAGUGACCUUAAUUAAACAAACUCCAGCAAAGGCUAUUCAUCACAUGAGCCAGGAUGAAAGCAAGGUUUCCCCUCUUGCACAGGCCAAUAAACUCACACAAACCCCUCAAACUGAACUUCCUAAAGCGGCCCCAUCUAUCAGGCUACCCAUCACAUCUAAAUCGGCAACCGUUCCUAGAAGUCCUUUGCACAUGGUGUACAAGGUACCAGGGGGAUUGGGUCUUAUCAAGAGGGAUGGCAGUCCACUGAAGUUUACAGUUCAACCAGUGAUGGAUCAGAAAAAUGGAGAAAAAAUAAUGCCGAAGGUAGUUAUCUUGCCUACAAAUAUGCUCAUCAAAAAAUCAGAAAACUGUGACUCCAGGGAACAAGAGGGAAGCCCUGGCUGUAAAACGUCCUUCAUUAAUACUCCAGGCUUCAAUGUACCUGUUCAACAUGUAGCUCCACUUAAGGAUUCCCAAGAGAAGCGGGUGCACUCUCCAUCAGUCUCCUUGAAUUUGCAUACUCCAUCUACAUUGACCUUACAGGGUAACAGACCCCUGAAAGUUGCAAAUUCAAAUAGGUCCCAUUUGGGUUUCAGUACAGAUCCAAGUCCCAGUGAAGCUGACGAUGUCAGACAGGAGCUUAAGACUGUGUGCAUCAGAGACUCACAAUCUAUCCUUGUCACGACCAGAGGUGGAAAUACUGGAGUUGUUAAAGUCCAGACUUCUGACACACCUGGUACAUUGGCUGCCAAUCCUGUUUUCACUCUUUCUCCUCAAUUCCAAGCUCUCUUAGUGUCCACAUCCUCACCAUCUGUGGCAGUGCCCUUGUCAGCAGAACACAGGGCAAGUACCACGGUAUCUCAGCCUUCUACUCUAACAUUCACAUCUCCUUGCAUAGCAAACCCGGCUAAUGCCUCUUUGAGUUCCUCUAGCAUAACUUCUCAAAGUGUCAGUAGUAAUUGCAUAAUACCUGUUAUCUCACAGGCUAAUGUAAAUACAUUAAUAUCAGCAGAAACACUGCAGAUUACCCAGAACAAAUGUGUAAUCCAGGCACAUCCAGAACACAGGGUUACAGAUCGGAUUCCAUUUAAAAAGAUUUUCCUUGUUAACCCCUCAACUGGUGACUCAUCAAAGAAUACUAUGCACUCCAACGUCACAUCUGUGCCACAAGGAUCAAGACUUAUGUUUAUUAGUCAGAAGUCUGGCUCCUCUCUCUCUCCAGUUAUCAUUCCAAAACAGACUGUGUUUCCUGAGUCCACAACUGCAGGAUCAACUGCUGUCUCAAAUGCUGAAUCCAUAAAUCAAAGUCUAAACCAUACUGAUGGCAGCAGUGUGAUAACUGAGGACCCAGGUCUACCUCGUAGGUUGCACACACUAUUGUCUACUGAUUCUCCAGUCUCCAGCAGCAAACUUAGAUUAUCUGAAGUAUCCACAAACAGUUUUUUAGACUGUGUUUCCAGAGCAAGUGCAACAAGUUCAAGUAGUUUUGUAUUUGCUCAGAGUGCUACAAGUGGCAGUCUAAAGGCAAAUGCUACAAGAAAAGCUCAUUCUGACCUUUCUAAAAGUCCUCCACUUGUAUUGACUGCAGUUCCAUCUGAGCUCAGUUCUGAACUGAAGAAUGCCCAUUCCUCAGUAGUGCCAAUUUCAGUCCCCAGUCUUUGCAAGACAGCAGUGCAGAGUUCAAUUAACUUAAAAAAUAAAGACCUAGGUCUGUUGGCAGGAUCACAUAUUCCUUCCCCUGCAUCAACACAAUCUCCUCUUAAAUCCUCACCAGUAAUACCAUUCAGGGUUGUCCCCCCCCUUUCCGUGGGUAGGAGCACUAUGGUACAAACAGUUAACUCUGUUGUCUCUCAAACCACCUCCUCCAUUAGACCAUCAGCUGAACCCAAAUCUUCAACUACACCCAUGCACCAGAAAAUAGUGAUAAACACUACUGCUCCUCUUGCACCUGGCACACAGAUCCUCAUCAACAAUGCUCGAUUUGUUGUGCCUGCCCAGGGCCUUGGACCUGGCAGUCAUGUUUUACUGAUUUCUAGCCCCUUGUCUGCUUCAGAACCUCGACAGAGUGCUAAUCUAACCAAAACACCUCCUCCUGCAGGGGCUAGUGUCCCUGUCUCUAUGUCAGUUUUACCAUCAUUGCAAGGACACAGAGUUUUGACAUCAAUAACCCAAUCCCCUCAUGCAAUGCUCAAGCUACCUGCAUCUACUGCUGUAAAACUGGGCCAACUAGGACCUGUGCCUGUUGCUCUUUGUCCACCAGCAACACCUUUGAGAACAUCAUCAAGUAGCACUGCACAUAUUCCUCAUUUAUUAAGAGCAGCUGUGUCCACAGGGAAACAGAAUAUGUCAAGUGCAUUGAAGUUUCCCUCUCUGUUGACCUCUGAAGGAAAUCUUUCAACUACUACGUCCAUUCAAGUAUUAGCCAACAGUGUACCACAGAUGUCCACUGCACCCUCACAGAUACAAGGAAGCCCCUUUUCUACAACAAAACAGUCCCAUUUUCAUGCAGCAUCUGUGAGCACAUCACCUAAACCACAUCUGGUGUCUAUGGUGGCUCCAUUUGGAACUGUAACCUCUGUAUCGACAACAGUUAUUAUGCCUUUUGCAAGUAGCUCAACAUCCAGGAUGCAAGCAAUGCCUGUUGCUACAGUACGGCCUAUUGGUAGCAGUUUCAACAAAAGACAGGCAACACCAAUCACAACUGUGUCUCCGUCAAGCAGCACAGUCAUUAUGGCCCCAUGCCAACCCAUUAGUAAUGUUACCUCAAAAUCUGUUCCUGUGUCUGUGGUUCUAGCAAAUUCUUCACAGGAUGAGGGAAAUACUUCAAUACAGAUUUCUGCUUCAUCUGCACUAACAAGCCUGUCACACAAUAGACUUAUGGUCAGUCCAGAUGGAGCCAUUUUGAACACCAUCACAAAUCCUGCUCUAGCUACCAUACCUACUGUGCCCACGGUAGCGAAUAGCUUGGCCCUCACCACUUUAGGUGUUUUGAGACAGCCUACACAGAAGAUGUGAAUGUUGAAAUUACCACAGCCCACCCAAGGAGGACCCAACAGAUGAAAAGGAGUAUGUGUAACAUACAAAAAAAAAACAAUAUUCCAACUCUAAUAAGGCAAUAAAACGAAACUUAUGGAAAUAUCUGAACCCCCAAAUCUGACUGUUGAAGCCAAAACAAAAAUUUCACUUCACACAAAGUGCAUACGGACACAUUUUGGCAAACAGGUCUUAACUGUUAAUUAUUUUAUAAAAUAUACUCUGAUGCUUGAAAGAAUUAUGAGGCCAGUUAUGUUAAAUUGUAGUCAGGAAGAUUUUUUUAUUCAGUUUAAUGCUAAGAAGUAGGACCCAUAUAUAAAACAUACAAAGUAUAGGGAAAAUUAUUUCAAAGGCCAUACACAGUCUUGAAAAUGAUAACUUACUUUCGAGAGGCCCUGGCAUCUAUUUUCUUACGGUAUCAAUUUAGUGAACUUGAUGGUGUAUUUGUACUGAAAAUUAGUUCAUGUAUCUUUUAUUUAAGGCCUGUGUUUUUUACACCAGAGUGACUGGGAGAACAGUAGACACAAGCAUUUCUGAAAAUGGGGUUACAUGAUUAUGUAAUUGUAUGCUUGUAACAUUUCAAGUCACUAAAUGCCUAAGUAAAGUUAUUUAUUAUUUUUUUUCAAGUAUUGUGGAUAUUUUGGACCACUUGCAUUUUUGCAGACAUUGCAUUGAAAUAAACAAAGUACUUUGCACUCUGA